AAGACCCUAUGGCGGGAGACGUCGUCUGUCGCUGAAACGGUUGACUUUUACAGGAGAGAAAAACAAAAUGGAAGAAUUUGGAGUUUUUGCUGUUUUUGGAGUAGAUGCACCGCCUCAACGGUUGCUGAGCGGUGAAGGGCCCCGGCGGGUGUCUGUUGCAGUGCCCCCGACUGUCCAGCAGGUGGUGCUGUUUAGCAGUGGGCCCUGGCGGGACAGAAUCUGCGUCAACGCGGACCUCCUUGAUGCUCAGCGGACCCCCAUCACUAUUGGCAAAUUGACCCCCUAUAACAGAUGUCUGUCAUGGGAACAGUGGGAAGAGGAGACGUGGACCAACGCCGUCACUUUGAAUGUCACCCUGGAAGGAGGACAGAUGGUAAAAGACAGUUGGUCAGAACCAGCACUCAUCUUAGCUGUCAAGGAGCACACGCCUAAGGAUGCUGCAGCCGCCCUUGCACACCGCAAGCUCGAUAGCAAGAAGAAGAGAAAGCGUGUGUCCGAAGACACAGAUGUAAAGAUGGCCGCAGCAGAGGAGGAGGAGAACUUGUGUCCCAACGCAAGCUUGGACCAAACGACACCUGUUCGAAAAGUCAGAGGUCACGGGAAAGGAGGACAGAAGCUCUUCUCUGCCAGGGAAGAUGCAACCAAGAGUAAAAGAGCUAACAGCACAGGAGAUGUGCAAGGGAUUGUGGGAAGGACACCACCCCAAAGUGGAGCCAGGUCAAAAAGUGGGCUGGUUAAGACCCCCACACACACUGCGUCACCGGGGAACCCCUCGGGACGCUGGGGGCAAACGCUGUGUCCCAUUGACAGCCAGACCGCCAUCUUGAUAGGUGGACAAGGAGCCAGGAUGCAGUUCUGCAAAGAUCCCAUGUGGAAGCUCUGCACAGAGGACAUGUCCUGGGUGGCGGCCGAGACGCUGGCACAGGGUCCUACUCCCGAGUCCAGAAUCGGCCACUCGUCCGUCUACGACCCGGACUCAAAGCGGAUCUUUGUGUUUGGUGGAUCUAAGAACAAAAAGUGGUUCAAUGACGUCCACAUCCUGGACACGCAGAGUUGGAAGUGGACCAUGGUGGAGGCCCAAGGCAAGGUUCCCCCCCUGGCUUACCACAGCUGCAGCAUGUUUCGUGGGGAACUCUUUGUGCUGGGAGGCGUCUUCCCUCGGCCCAACCCAGUGCCGGACGGCUGCAGUGACUCUUUGUACAUCUUUGAUCCCCAGCUGUCCAUCUGGUACCAGCCCGUCGUCAUCGGCGACACCCCCUCGCCCCGCUCGGGACACUCGGCGUGUGUGAUGCCGGAGGGGAAGAUAUACAUAUUCGGUGGGUGGGACACACCUGUGUGCUACAACGACAUGUUUGUGUUGGACCUUGGUCUGAUGGAGUUUUCUGCCGUGCAGACAAGUGGAAAAGCCCCCCCUCCUAGAUGCUGGCAUGGCAGCGCUGUCCUCUCAAACACCAAGUUCUUGAUCUACGGCGGCUACAACGCAAACAACGCUCUCGCCGACACAUUCGUCUUUGACACAGAUACAAACGUCUGGACGGAGGUGACACUCCCGCAGCUCUCGGUGGCCAGGGCGGGUCAUUCCAUCGCCGCCAUGGAGAUGGACCCGGCCUCGGGGGGCAAAACUCUGCUGGUGUUUGGAGGUGGAGACAAUGAAGGCACUUUUUACGCCGACGUGACCACAGUCACCGUAGUGGAGCUGCUUGCCCUCCUUUGAUGGUUUGACAUAAUUGGUGUUGUUUUUAUUUACAGGCAAAAAUACUCUUCCGCUUUUUUACUUUUUUUGUAUAAUUUUUCUGUCAUUUAAAAAAAUAUGUAUAUUUCAACUGGGCAUUUUUAUAUGUAUUUUUCGAAAAUACCAAGUAAAUGUAUUUUGUAGUGAAUUACAGAAAUAAACGUGAGGUAUUCUAAGGGA